AUGAAGAUUAUACUCGAGCACAAUAUCAAGGAGAAGGCCCUCAGGAGGAUGCUUUUCCACGACGAAGAGCCAACGACGAAGGCACCUGUACAGUAUCAGAUGUGGGACAGCGACGGGUGCCGCGUGGAGGAGACCACCGUCACCUACACCAGGUGUUCCUGCAGGGGAUUCGGUUCCUUCGCGAUCAUGGUCGAGGAAAUCGAACCUAUUGUGGCCCCUGAGAUACCAGAAGUGAUGAUAAUGCUGAUCAAAAUUCUUUACCUGGUGUCCAUGAUUUGCCUUCUUCUGUAUAUGCUUAUCGUGGGAUUAUCCGGAGACCUGAAGGACCAACACCACCUGGUAGGCUUGAACAUGGCCGGCUGCCUGCUACUCGGAGACCUUAUGGUCCUGCUGACGUACCUCCUGCCGAUUCAGGAAGGCCGCCACAACUGCGCGAUUGUCGGGUCGCUCAUCCAUGGCUUCUUCCUCGCUGCUGGGGGCUGGAUGGCUAUGAUGGGCCACACUGCGUUCAAGACAAUUACUGCAGGUGUUAUCGGCGGGAAACUUCGUUCCUACUUCUUCCUGUCUUGGGGCAUCACCAUCUGCUCCAUCGGAGUGACUUACAUGGCGUUCCUGCGUCACCUUGGCACCGAUCCCCGAUGCUUCAUAUCCUGGACUAACGAGGUCAAGGGGGUAUUUUUCGUGCCCCAACUGGGCUUCUGCAUGGCGGCCGUUUUCUUCGUGUGCGUCGUCUUCUUUAACCUGCACACAGCUAGUCUAAGGUAA